UUUCCCGCUCCCGCGCAGCGCCGAGGAGCGCGGGUGUGUCGCCCGCCCUCCCGUCCGUCGGGGGUUUCGUUUCCUUGGCGGAGGCGCCGCUGCGUGAAAGAGGAACUCGCUUGAAGCGAGAGGCGGGAACCCCCCAGCCGCGCGACCGCGCUCGCCCGCCCGCGGGCGCGGAGAGGGAGCGGAGGCCAUGGACGGCGCCGGCGGCAGAGGGGAGCGGGGCAGGCGGGGGUCGUCCCGGCGGGGCCGGGGCGCGGCCAGGGGCGCAGCCCGCAGCUCCUCGGAGACCCGCGCCCCGGGCGGCGCCGCCGCCGGCCUCCGGGAGCCGCCGAAGGGCGACGGAUCCAGCGCCCGGCGCGCCCGCCCGGCGCGGCGAGUCUCCGCCGUCAGGAGCCCGCCGGCGGGGCCGGCAGCGGGCGGCGGAGAGGCCCCCCCGGCUCCUCGGAGCGGGUCACCGGCCGGCAGAGCCCCCGCGGCGCGGAGGAGAGCGGCGGUGCCCGACGGGGCGGGAGGCGUCCCCGCCGGCUCCCUGCGGCUGCGGGAGGUGCUGUCGCGACUCAGCCUGGGCCGGCAGGAGGUGUCGGAGGCGGCGACGCUGGUGAACCAGGUGGUGACACACCUGAUCCAGGCCAUCCGCAGCAGGGAGGGCAGCUUCAGCUCCAUCGAGCGGCUGGGAGCCGGCAGCUACUACGAGCACGUCAAGGUAUUUGAACCAAAUGAGUUCGACAUCAUGCUUGUAAUGCCUGUUGCAAGACUUCAGCUGGAUGAAUGUGAUGAUACUGGAGCCUAUUAUUAUCUAUCAUUCAAAAGAAAUCCAAAAGAAAAGUAUUUAUUGAAGUUUUUAGAUGAAGAUGGAAAAUUAUCAGCCUUUAAAAUGCUUCAAGCACUAAGAGAAAUUAUUAAACAGGAAGUAAAAAACAUUAAAGAUGUGGAAGUUACUGUGAAAAGGAGAAAGGCUGGAAGCCCUGCAAUAACCCUUCAGAUCAAAAAUCCUCCAGCAGAAAUAUCUGUGGACAUCAUCUUGACUUUGGAAGUUCAGCAGAGCUGGCCGCCCAGCACACAGGAUGGCCUCAAAAUUGAACAGUGGCUGGGAAGAAAAGUCAGGACCGAGUUCAGAAACAGAUCAGUUUAUUUAGUAGCGAAACAAAACAAAAAAGAAAAGGUUCCAAGAGGAAACACCUGGCGCCUUUCUUUCUCGCAUAUUGAGAAGGACAUGCUGAACAACCACGGCAGCUCUAAGACGUGUUGUGAAUCUGAUGGACCAAAGUGCUGUAGGAAAGGUUGCCUUAAGCUUCUGAAGUAUCUUCUGGAGCAGCUUAAAAUGCAAUAUACAAAACAGUUGGACAAAUUCUGUUCGUACCAUGUCAAAACGGCUUUUUUCCACUCGUGUGUCAUGUGGCCAAAAGACACAGACUGGCAGUUGGGAGACCUGGAGCAUUGCUUUCAGAAAUAUCUGGGGUAUUUUCUGGAUUGUCUGCAAAAGUCUCAGCUGCCACACUUUUUUAUUCCCCAAUACAACUUGCUCAGCCCGGAAGAUAAAGCGAGCAAUUAUUUUCUCUCAAAACUAUUAAACUAUGAAUUGAACAACAGAUUCCCAAUAUUUCAGGAGAGGCAUUAAAAACAUUGUUUACAAUAAUUAUCUAAUAGUCUAGGUUUGCAUACUUAAAACCAGGAGUUCUAUACAUUAAGUUACUCUUCAGUAGUCUGAUGCUACAAGAAAACAAAACAAAAAUCAAGAACAUUAAGAAAAUCGCAUACUUCAGUCACACUGCAUAGCCAUAACCCUUAAAAGAAAUAGGAUGCUUUAAUUAAUAUUUAUCUUCCCUAUCCAAACAUAGAUGUCACCUGCAAAAUAUCUUCAAGGUAUAUUAAAAACGUGCAGAAGAAUUUGCAAUAAUUAAUUUCUCGCUUGUAAUUUCUGAAAUUCCAAAUACAAAGGCAUCAGUGUCUUGCAUAAAGCGAAAAAUGGUAAUUUUAUUUAAAAUUAAGAUCCACACUUGCUUUCAAAAGAAAAAAAAGUCACUGGAGUUACUUGGACAUAAAUGAGAACAGCUUCUCCAGAGCAACUGGGUGGAUGAAGACCUUUUGCAGAGGACAAUCACCAGCAACUGUGAGCAGAGAGACAAGAUGGUAUCAAAACAAUGUGAAGAUCCUGAAUUGACUUAUCUUUUCUGAGUCUUCAGAAUCGCCUUGGAAAUUAGUCUUUUCACCAGGCUUUGGAUGGGAAGCAAUCGUUAGAUAAUGUGCUGCAACAGAGUAAAAUUUAUUGUGCCAAUGAGGAUUUGCGUGAUGCAUCUUGUAGAAAGAAAUGUAUCUUCAACCCGUGUCAAGGAGGAAGGUGAAAGGUUAUCAAAACCAUUAUGAAUCUGACAUUCUUGGAAUCAGAAUUCAGCUCUUCAGCUGGUUAUGUGUGUUAGGAAAUAUUGCAAUUAUUCUUUUUUCCUAUUACUAAAAUUGUGCAGGCAAUAAAUACACAGCAUUUGGGAAUUGCUGUGCUCCAAGUAAAUGUAUCUUUUGCUUUUUCUUAAAGAAGCCAUGGGAGGUCCAUAUUUUUAGCCUACUUUUUGAAGGCAAAAUAACCUACUGGCUUAAAUAAUGCCCAGAUUUCACCUCGCUUAUGAGCAAAUACAAAAGAGGGAAGGCCAGAAGAACAUUUAGAGAGUAAUUUUACUGAAAUAUUCUCACCUCACUAAAUUCAGUUUAUUAGUUUUUCAGACCGAGUGUCAAAUGCAGGAAUAGCUCCUUCCCAUAGAACUUCCAAAGAGUGAAAACAUACCCCAUUAUCAUUGGCAGUCUGUGUGACAGAAUCUGGCAUACAAAUGUAAAAUUUGCAUCAGCUAUAUCUGACAGAAAUAAAAACUUACCUUCAAAUGUAUUUUUUCUUCAUGA